GUUUAUUUUUAUUUUCUAAAAUUUUAUUUUUUUAUUACUAGCGAUUUAUUCAAAACGUUUUUUUAAAGUAUUUAAUCUAAUAAAUAUUUACAUUCGACGAGAUCGUACUCAGUUUGAACCUUUUAUUUCAGAUUAAACCUUUAAAUCCAAUUUUGCAAACUAGCCAUAUUUUUAUAAUUUUAUUUUAAUGACAAUUUCACAUUUAAAAAUCUUGAUGCAAACUUACAUUUUCUUAUUACUUCAUGUCACGUAAACAUGAAUGAAAACACAGUAGUUUUGCCAAAAUUUCACGACUUUCCCCAGAAAGUCUCAACAAAUUCUGACUUCCUUUUACAUAGAUCUCAAAACGAUAACUGCAGAUCUGAUUUAAAAUCGGUUGACAUGUACAUUGCCAACAAGAAGUACAAUAUCAGUCACAACAUUGAUUACAACUCACAUAUAUUUAAUGAUACACCUUCCACAAGUAAGAGACCAUUGGCUUUACCCUACGGAAAUAAAACGCAAAAUGGUGGUGAAGAUUUUUUGACUAGAAAAAGGAGAAAUUACACCUCCCAACCCUCCAACAGCUUAGUCCCUAAUAAUAGUGAUCUACUUCAACUCAUAGCCAACGAAGACCAAUCGAUUAUAGAUAAAAUAAAACAUGUUUCAACCACAAACUAUAAGAAAAUCAUGGAUUUAUUGAAUAGAUCAACAUCAAUAAGGGAAUUCCAAAAUAAUUUACAAGCUUUAGUACUGGAUAUGUGUAUCGGAUUAUACACUGAUAAAUCUCGAGACGAAACUGUCAACAACCUUAAAAAACGUGUUAAUUAUUUAACCAAUGAAAAGGCACUCUUAUCAAAUGUAAUUAAAUCGCAAUACGAAUCAAUAAAGAAAAUGAAGGAUGAAAACUCUAACGCUUCGAAAACUGAAGAAGAAAAGCAGGCCCUCAAGGCGGAAUUAGGUAGAUUAAAGAGGAUAAUAAAUACGAUGGUGUACAACAAUGAUAACUCAACGAAUUUUCCACAAAUUGCUGAUUAUCUCGAUAGGAAACCACCCGAUGUAUGCUAAGAUUCCAGUCUUUUGACCUACUACUAACAUAAUUUAGUUGAAAUAUA